AUGAUGAUUUUCUCUGGGACACCAUUACAUUCCAUCGCUUUCCAGAGCUAUCAAGCGUUAAGCAUUGUAGAUUUAGCAUCAAAAUGUGCUCGAGAAAAGACAAGUCGAUCAAAGAAGAUUAAAAGAUAUGUAUUAAUUGGGGUUGCAAGUGGUGUUGGUGGUAUUCUUGUUGGUCUGACAGGGGGUUUGGCUGCACCGCUCGUUGCUACUGGUGCCGGUGUAAUUAUAGGCGCGGGUGCUGCUUCAGGAAUUGCAACUAAUGUCGGAAUUGCUGUGCUUGCAUCUAUUUUUGGUGCAACUGGUGCGGGACUAGCUGGUUAUAAAAUGAACAAGCGUGUUGGAGCUAUUGAUGAAUUUGUCAUCGAAUCUUUGACAGAAGGUAGCAGUCUCCAUUGCGUUUUGACAGUCAGUGGAUGGAUAGAAGAUGAUAGCAAGAAUGCUUUUCGAAAACAGUGGCGCCAUUUAUGGAUGUCUCGUGAGCAAUUCACUUUGCGCUAUGAAAGCAAAUAUCUCAUAGAACUUGGAAAAGCCAUUGAAUAUUUAAUGUCAUUUGCUGUUUCCGUCGCCAUACAGCAAACUCUUAUGGAAACUGCGUUAGCUGGUCUAAUGUCAGCAAUUGCUUGGCCGAUUGCAGUUCUUUCAGCAGCAAAUGUCCUAGAUAAUCCAUGGAAUGUUUGUGUUAGUCGGGCUGCUGAGGUCGGAGAUUUCCUAGCUGAAAUACUACUUCGACGUGCUCACGGGAAAUAUCCAAUCACUUUAAUAGGUUUCUCUCUCGGUGCUCGCGUAAUUUACCAUUGUCUUCUUACAAUGAGCCAAAGGGCUGAUUAUGCAGGCAUUAUUGAAGAUGUUGUGCUUCUUGGAGCUCCAGUUUCAGCUUCUUCUAGACAAUGGCAUCAAAUGUGCCGUGUUGUUGGGGGUCGGAUCAUAAACGGAUAUUCCACAUCUGAUUGGCUUCUCAGGUAC